GUUGAAUGAAUGAUCCUACGAAGUCUCUUAUUAAUAGUAAUAUUCCAUGUAACAUGGUGUCAAAUCGGUCAGCCGGGACAAGCCCCAGGCCAAGUACCACUGGAUCCAGGAUACCGGCAACCAUUGGAACCGAUCAAGAAUGUUCUUCAAGGCGCAUACGGUAGCAACAUCACGUUGUACUACCGUAACAGUCCAUAUCGAGUUAUGGGUGAUUUGACUGUCGAAUAUGGGGUAACCAUGGAUAUCGAAACGGGUACAAGGAUAUAUUUCGAUACCGGAGUUGGGCUUAUUGUCAAGGGAACUCUCAGAGCAAUUGGAAAUGAAUUCGCACAUAUCGAGAUGCUCCCCUAUCAGCAACAAAUCAACUAUGACUCCGAAAUGCCCAACUUUCGCCUAGUAGACGGGCCUACAGUACGACAAGGUCGACUUCAAGUACAGUUCAGAGAUCGAUGGAGAUCCGUGUGUACAAUGGUUACUAACUGGACAUCCAUAGAUACUGGAACCGCAUGUCGAUCAAUGGGCUAUUCGGAUGGAGGCUUCUGGAAAUGGUUCCGUCGGAACAAUGACACGUACCCAUUUGUAAUGCCGAAACCAGAUUGCCACGGAGCCGCAAAAAACCUUUGGGAUUGCCCCGCAUUCUCGAAUCCUCAGAAAAUCAGAUUGUCGGAAAAUCUGUGUCAAGGAGAAGACGACAUUGGAAUCUACUGCUGGGGCCCGCCAACAUUCACCGGAUGGGCACGGCAUUGGAAGGGUAUCCAGAUUUUGAACUCCCCGUUUCACUAUGUGAACUCGGAUCCUGAUCUGGUUGCGGUUAAUCGAGAAUCGGAUUCGAGGCUCGAGUUUGUGGAUAUUUUGUACGCUGGAUAUGAUGGAGUGAACAAAAACACAACAUCAGCUUUAUACAUAGAAGGAGUGCCUCCGAUAAUGAACGGGCUUCGGAUUGAACACAGUGCCCGAGAUGGCUUACAACUCCUGGAUGCGAAUGGCCCCGCGAUAAUUGCCAACUCGACUUUCUCCUACAAUCGAGGGCAUGGAAUUUCUGUCGUUAACACCACCGACGCUAGAAUUUUUAUUAAUAACACAAAAAUCCAAGGAAACUGGGGAGAUGGAAUUUGGUAUAAGCAGCAGACGGGGGUGAAUCUUAUUGACUACGGUAUGCGGGAGCGACGGAGCAUUGGGAGUGGACGGCUCGAGGAGCAGAAGCCAAGAAUCGAUAUGUGUGCCGAGCACCGGGUUGAUGAUAAUCACUUCUUUCCUCACUUGAUCGCUGUGAAUUUGAAAAAUCGAACAUAUCUGGAUCUUGCGCAACCGGCGAUUUGCUGGAUGACGGUCUCCCUUCCACCGAGACUACCGUACACCUACAGUAUCCAAUGGCUUCACAUCCGUGACCGUAAUCCUCAAACCGCCCGUACCACGCUUCUCGUCUGUGAUUCAAAUAACGUAGAUGAAAAUUCGUGUUCGACGCCGAGAUUCCGGAUUCCUAUCCGGAAUGAGAUAUUCCCGCAGAGUAUCUCUUUGAAAAGCUCAGGGAAACCACUAUAUCUAGCCUUGGAGCACGUUUUAGACGGAGAUCAAGCAGGAUAUGUUCAAGGAGACGUUCAUCUUCUAUUCAAUAUCCAUGCUUCGGUUUUGGACAAAGCCUAUUACGGUUUGAACGUCACCAAUUGCAUCAUUGAGAAGAACACAGGAAACGGAGUAUUCGCCAAUGAUAUCCGUGAAAGAACCGCUCUGACAAAUGUAACACUGGAUGAAAAUCAGGGAUACGCUGGGUUUUUGGUAAAAGAUGGAGCAGCAGACAUCUGGCUCAAUGAGACUAGGAUUCUGAAUAAUUGGGGUGAUGGAAUGAAUAUAUCGUAUGCUGGCGGAAGUAUAAUGGUGAAUGGAACACGAAUUGAGAAGAACCGUUGGAGAGGUGCUGCUAUCCAUUACAAUCAGACUCUUCCGUUUUUGCCAAUGUACAAUGAGGUGAUCUUCAAAGGACGCCCCUCGAAUAAUAAGUUCUACCUUCCAACAAUAAUAUCGGAGAAUGAAUGGGGAGGUCUUCUAGUCGGUAAUUUCUGUGCUUAUUCGAAUGAAUCUAAUUGGCAUUCGAAAUACCGUAUUCCAAUCAACUCUGUGUAUCCGAAGCUUGUGCCGAAAAUCCUUAUUUCUUGGGUAGAAUUUCUGAAGAAUCAGUAUCAUCCGUCAAUGGAAAUAUUCUCGUGUCGAGACCCGGAUGUGAUAUGGAAUAUAGUUGACGUGACUGGAAAUCGGAUUGAUGGAAAUCUGGGUUAUGGUAUGCGGAUUGCACCGGCCGUCAAUAUGCACACGGUGAUUAACUCCAAUCAGUUUUUACACAACAAUGACACAACAUUGUAUAUCAGGAAUGCACAGUGGCCGGAGCUCGGUGAUUUGCCAGCGGAGGUCACAAUUUCCAAGAAUGUGUUCAAAUUCAAUGUGGCUAAAUAUAUUAUUUCAAUCGGAAUGAAUGAAGAUGCUCCACGACAGUUUCUAACAUUCAAUCAACAGAAUGAGAUCCGAGCCAACACGGUAUUUGACCCGUUUCCGUCCUUGCCGCCACGUAGCACUCCUUACGCAGCUCUCGUAGUUUCCUCGUCAAAUGUGAAGAUUCAUAGAAAUUGCUUUAACAACGAACGUUCAAAAUAUGAGAUAGCCACCGAGCUGGAGCAACAUGCCAAGUGGAUAGAUGCUCGCGAGAAUAAUUGGGGAUUUCAGGAGAUCCCGCGAUUUAUUGAUAAGUUUUUUGAUCAAUUCAACCGAUAUUCCUUGGCAUCCAUCGAUAUCGAACCUUACAUGGCUGCGUGCAACCAGAGAAUGCCUUAUAUAACCUUGUUGAAUGGUGCAUUCCGUCAGUUCAAGAAACAAUCAGAGCCAUUCAAGCUUGGAGGAAUCAUCUAUGAGAAUCAUGAUUUGCUUAAAGGACGUUAUCAAGUCACUGAAGAUCUUCAAGUUGUACCCGGUGCCAAGCUAACUAUUGCAUCCGGGUCAGUGCUUGAAUUUCAGCAUGGGAUUGGAAUGUUAGUUCAAGGAGAUUUGAUAAGAAAUGAGUACGAUCAAGAUGAAAAGGUAAUCUUUACCUCUACUCCGUUCACAUUGGAAAGGAGGUCCGAUAUUCGCCUGGUAGAUGUGGAUGGGAACUAUGAGGUGACAGAGGGAAGGCUAGAAGUUCUUGUUGACGAUCAAUGGGGUACUGUAUGCAAUCGAAGUUGGACCCCGCAGCUGACAAUCCUGGCGUGCAAUCAGCUGGGACUAGUGGCCGAUGUUCAGUAUUUUGAGAACUGGAGAAUAUUCCCGGAGCCUGGAGACUUGCCAAUGAUCAUGGACAAUAUAAGAUGUGAGGAAAAUGAAGUGGAUAUCACAAAAUGUCGGCAUGAUGGAGUGGAAAGGAAUUGUGCGGCAGGAUGCAGAAGCACGGAAGUUGUUGGUCUCCGAUGUCUUGAACCACGUUGGGCGGGUGUUAGGUACAGCUUACUUGCCAACCCACCUACCGUAACCGGCCAGACUACAAUGGACAACUGGAGGAUCGAAAAAGGAGGACUAUUCAACUUCCGUACGUCUGAGUUUUGUGCAGCUUUUAAAGUUGAUUGGAACUAUCAUACCUUUCAUCGGCUGGAGAUUCGCAACAAUUUCUGGGAUGGUAUCGAUGUUGUUUACAAUGACUUGGUCAAAAAACCAGCGAUUCGAAACAGUGUGAUCUAUAACAAUCGCAGAAAUGGAUUCCACAUAAGAUCUGCCGGGAUUACUGUAGAAAACGUAACUAUCAAUUUUAAUGGUCAAUCCGGAAUGAGAUACAAUCCAUCGUUAUCUGCGUUGGAGCAAAAUGACAUUGUCUCUUGGCUAAGCUUAAAGGAGCAACCAGAGUUGGAGGCGAAUAACAUUUUUCGAAUACCUGAUCAGCAGCUAGACCUCAUAGAGGUUAUGGAGAGUAAUCUGAAUCAGAGGAAGUUUCUGGUUGCUGCAGAGACACAGGAUUGUCCAGCAGAUCCCCAUCAAGAAUGUGUCUACAACCUAAUGAUCCGAUCAGUUGGCUACCAAUAUGGCCUCGCUUCAAAAAUGGCGAUCCAAAUUGUCAAUGCGCCUUCAAAUGUUUCAGACGAGGACGCCAUUUUCACAGAGGUCUCGACUGGAAAAUCGUGGAGCGCGAGGAAGGAUCAGGUUUAUUUUCCUGUGGUCUCCACUGAAAAUGCAAUGCGGAUGAGAUACACGAGAUCGUUUGGAAAACCGAAAUUGGUAAUCUUGGUGCUCUUCCUAGAUACCCAAGAAUAUGUUGACCGCUUCAUUCAUCUUUACAAAUCCCGUGUUGAAGACAAUCAAUACGGCUUUUCUUCAGUUCAUUAUUCCAAUCUGACAUACUCUGACGGGCGCUUGUCAAAUCGAUGGAACAAUGAGAAAAUCUGGCUGCAAAAAGUGAACUUCACUCGAAAUUCAGAAGCAGUCAUGUGGCUGCACUCUCCACAACAUGCCGUGGUCCCCGGAACCCCCAUCGCAGAGAUUACUUAUCAUUUUGACAAUUGUAGUGUUACUGAUAAUAGCGGACCCAUCAUUGAAUCGCAUCGUGACUUGUACGCGUCUGCGAACGUUUUUCAUUGGAUUUUGUGGUCGAAUACGUUUGCCAAUAAUUCGAGAAGUGGAAUUGCGGUGGCGUUACCGGAUACUUAUGAUUUGCUUGCAAAGCAGACGCAUAGCUUUUGGCUGACUGAAAAUCGAUUUGAACGGAACUCUGAGUUCAAAAUUUUGCUUGACGGAUAUUAUGCGUUCGCUAACAUUUCUUCCAAUAAUUUCACACUCAACACAGCACCAAAACAAUUUGGAAUGGUGGAGCUACGUGGAAUGGAGAAAAACCUAAUUUGUGAACGCAAUCGGUUCUUCUUCAAUUGGGGUCACUGGAUGAUCAAAUUGGAUGCAACGUCACAAUAUCUCCGACAAAUCGAUGUGCCAAGCUAUGUUCAAUAUAACUACAUUGAAAAGAAUAGGUUCAUAAAUCAGCGAGGAGAUUACGUUGAUAUGUGGCCCAGAUCUUAUGCACUCGGAGUUUUUGGAUCUCAAAAGGUGGAAGUUCAUUUCAAUCGAUUCUUCAACGAGUUGAUCGAUUUCGAGUUGGUUUCUGGGGCUAAGUACUCUGACGUCUUCGAAACAAUGAACACAACGCAUAACUGGUGGGGUACCGGAAACGAAGCAGUCAUCGCUCAACGCGUUUUCGAUUUCGACGACUGGAACACGUUCACCCGUGCGGAAUGGACGCCGUUCUACGUGUCCAACGAUUUGUCAAUCAAUUUCUGGUGGAAUCCGUGGCGCGACGGGCAACUGGCAAACGCCACAUAUCUGGAGCCGGGUGUACAUGAUUUGCACGGACGCGUGUAUGAGGACAAGAAUCUGACCCUGAUCACAGAGCGAUGGUACUCGUUUCCAUACAACUACCGCCCGUUCCGACCCUACCGUAUCACUCGUGACGUCACUAUUAUGCCUGGAGCCACGUUGUAUAUCGAGCAGAAUGUGGAAGUUCAUGUUUGGCCCAACGUUCGGAUUUUGGUGCUAGGGAACUUGGUGGCCAGGGGAGAGUAUUGGCAACCGAUCAGAUUCAAACCCAUCAAUGUCACAGAAUACAUGCAAUACAAAGGGGAGAUACCAACGGAAUACAGAAAGAAGAGAGGAAUCGAGUGGCCAGAAAAGAGCCAACGGCAUGCUGGUUAUGCUCACCUUGCUGGGCCUAAUGGACCUUUUGUUAUAAAGGGAACCUCAGGAAAUUCGAAGCUCUCAGAUCAUCUUGAGCGAACGAAGCGGCAUGAUUGUCAGUGGCCUGAAAAUCCAAAUCACCCCCACGAGUCGAUUCAUCCUGACACCCCAAACGGCCCCUACAGACUGAAGGGCUUAAAGCAGGAGAGACCAAAGCGUGCUUCAGAUAGAUCAAAGCCGGAUUUGGUCUACCGUGACUUCCCAACUCUGCAUCGUGACGAUCCCUACUACCAACGCUUCACAGUUUCCCUGACAACAAACGGAUCGGAUUACGGAAGAGCUGGAUUUAUACAGAUCUACAACGCCACCACAGGAGAAGUAGUUCCGAGCUGUGAUCGGCAAUUUACAAUCAGAAAUGCGCAAGUUGUGUGCCGAGAGCUUGGUCUGCAAACUCAGAACGUCUAUCACUGGCUCACUCCAAGGUGGGACUACAAUCCUCAUGUGAGAAUUCUGAAAACUUACAUGGAACCACGGCAAUGUCGAGGUGAUGAACCCAGUUUGGAUCGCUGUGACUUAAGACUUUCUGGCAAUGAUUCUCAGUGGAUGUGUAUGGACUCGGAACACUUCAACUAUGUUUACUGCGGAUCUAAUAGAAGUUUGAGCCGAGACUAUAUCGGAAACUGGGGUGGUAUCACUUUUGCUCAACCUAAUCUUGAACACGCUUACGGCGAGAAGAGCGGAGCAAAGAAGGAGAAGUCAAUUCUACAGUACGUCGAGAUAGUUGGCGGUGGCGCUGGUCACAAAGAUUCGUGGCAAAGCGCAGGUCUUCAAGUAUUCCAUCGAUCACCAAUACUCGAUCAUAUUAACGUGACGAAUUGCUCGGUUCACGGUAUUCAAGUAAUUUCUCCGAAUGAUCGUAUCACACUGGCCAACCUGAACGUCACGUUCAAUCAGGGGCAAGGAGUGAACAUACUGACAACGUUCGUGCAGGCGCCAAGUUCUUCACAAAAUGCAAUGAGAAAACCUAUGAGUAUUCCGUAUUACACGCAAGGAAUGUUGGACAUGUGCGCUGCUAGAAAACGGUUCGAGGUGGAGAAUCGAAUUAUGCUCUACUAUAAAUACGACUCCUACCCUGUUGAUUGUGUGAAGGUCUUCACUUCUCGAGGAAGACGUGUUGCUUUCCGAAUAGUCCAAUAUCAGCUCUACUCAUCUCCCACCGAUCUUGGUAGAUCUGAUGCUCUUCGCCUCUACAGUUCGGAAUCCUUUGCGCCCAUGGCACUGCUCGCUGACUUUAGAAGUGAUUAUCAGUCAGUGGAUCCAUCUGUAGCUGUGACUUCCGAUGAGAUUGCUGUUCAUCUCCGAGCAACUGCCGCAGACGGGGUUUAUGGAUUUAUCGCAGAGGUUUCGGCGCUUCCAAGUAACGCUGAGCAGCACACAGUCGGAGAAAUCAUCAUUCGAGGAUCAAGAGUUGAUCAUAACGAUCGUGGAGCUAUUGAAUAUUCAAACCUUGGAGAAAUGAGCCCGAACCUUGUAAUCGAGAGUUCCUCCUUUGCAUUCAAUGGGAUCCAUUUGUUCGGGAACAUUUCUACGUCGAGUCAGGCUGUGCAACUGAACCUGCAUAAUACUGUAUUUUUCUUAUUCCGUGCCAACUCUAUUGCUCACAAUCGUGGAGGACUGUACAUUUCUGCAACAUCAAGCAGUCCAGUUGUCCGUCUGGGAGCACUCAUUAAAAAUUGCCUAUUCGCUUAUAACAGUAACUCGACGGCUUUGGCGUUAAGCGGAAAUAACUAUCAAGUGAUCACCCUGCUCAACAAUAUCAUCAGCCACAACUUUGCUCUCUACCAUGACACUAUAGUUGCACAUGACGUGGCAAUCAACAUGACACGUAACACGCUAUUUUCAAAUACGGGACUUCAUACACUGGACAUUCAUGCCAACUCAAAACUGUCUGUUGAUAAAAAUACGUUCUUCUACAACAAUUUCUAUGAUAACUUGGCACUUGGACACGGUCAGCAGUACCUUGAAAUGUACGGAUAUCAGCCUGCAAAAGAGAAUAAUGAGUUCUUCAAUCGACCUAGAAGGGAUCUUGUGAAGAGACAGGUUCUCACCCAGCAAGGAGUUUCAUUCGACUGGUGGACUCAUGUGGACAACGAGACCACCAGAUACAGAUCCACCAUAAUCGCUGGAAGCUCUCAGGAAGUUUUCAAGUUCAACACAUUCAAUGAUCCUCUGAACGACUACGAGUUGACUACAGGACGACAAUCUCCGUACGAAAUGGGGUCUAUCGACGCGAAGGAAAACUAUUGGGGUUACCCGGGAACUGUUGGUGUCGCCGCAGGAAAGAUUCGAGAUCAUGAAGACUAUCCGGGAUUGGUGAAGGUUGACUUUACACCUGUGUUGGAGUCGAACACUAGUCUGAUUGAGGGAGAUUGUCCGGCUGGAUGGUUCCAGGCUGGUCAUGAAGAAUUCAAGUCGUGCUUCCUAUUCGUCCCAUCUGCUGUCACCUUCUCAAGAGCAGUUGAGUAUUGUGAGGAGCUCGACGCAUUCGUGCCAUAUUUGCGCAUCAACGACAUCCUCCAGUCCCAGCUUGCUCAGCGAAUUGAGAAAUUCUCAAUUGACUUGAGAACUGAUCAGGAACGUUUGAAGCCAUAUGGAAUGGAUGAUGAUAUUCCAGUUUGGAUCAGCGCGGUCAAUAUCCCCAACACUCAAUGCGGUUGGCUCCGGUCGAGAUCCAAGAAAAUCGAGCAAGCGAAUUGUAAUCUAUUAACGGCAUUCAUUUGUGAGAAAGGAACGCAUCCGUAUUCGGAGCCGAUUCUCUGGAGACCAGGAAUCAUUAUUCCAAUCAUUUUAGCUGCAGUAAUUCUAUUCUUACUAGUAAUUCUGCUGAUCUGUUGGUGUGUCAAGUCAAGAAAAAGAAAUGAUUUGCUGGGUGAACGGAAGGAGAACAUACGGGCCAGUAUGAGGCUUCAAAAAUUGCACCAGGAGCAUGAGAAACGAGAAAUGAAGCGGGGCUCCGAUCAUACUCACACUUCGGGACACGCUAGUCUGAAUAGUGGUUCGACUGUUAGUGCCUAUAGCGGAAGAGCUAUCCACCGGCCGCCAGCCUAUCAGAGUGACACUCUGAGCACCGCCACGUCAGAGAACACCUACUCAUAUGCCUAUACUCCACAUGGGGGCCCGACAGCCAGCUAUAACACACGACCAUCCCGCUCGGUGUCCACAAAUCCAAACGGUUACUCGGAAAUCACCCAUCCUACAGUAACCCAGACCACAACUACAGUACCCUAUCGAUCCACGUCAUCACCUAACAACCACGUCAGAAUGCGACCAUAUCAGCCACGCAGUGAUACUGCUUCGAACGCCACGUUGUCAUACACUACAGACUCUGAACGUACAUCGACUGCGACUGAUCUUUCGAGUUCUUAUACAUCGGAUGCAUCUGAAAGUACCGUACAGAGUACUGUAGUGAAUAAAAGACGGUCACCCCAGCCGCCAGUAUCCCCCAUUCCAAGAGCACCCCCGCUCAGAAAUUCCAACGGAUUUUUGGCCAGUACUAACAAUUUUCAACCAUUGCCAACGGAUAUUCCGAUGAGAUCGGAUCCGGAACUUAAUCAUUUUGUCGAACUUCACGCUGCACCACGCACUGGAGGAUCUAUUCGCUUCAAAAAGCCAGCCAUGGAAACGUCUAUGUGAUCUGAAGAAAUAGCUUUCAUGAAUUAUUUUCAUUAUUACCUCCGGUUAUUUUUGGGUUUUUAUCUUUAAAUAUCGAUUUUCACCCACUUUCCAACGAUGACGUGUACUUCUUUCUGCUUUCUUUUUUUGUAAAAAAGAAUUUUUAUUGCCAUAAUAUUAAUUUCAUAUUUUUAAUAAACAUUUUCAACG